CCCCCCCUCCGAUCCCCGAAUCAAUCCCCCACCACUCAAUUGAGCCAGCACAACCAUGUGGUCGGCAUCCAGACGAGCAACGACGAGCGCCCUGUCGCGGCAGCUCCGCGUCGGCGCCUCGAGACCCUUUACCGUGUCGGCGACGGUCCGCACGACCGAGAGACCCGCCGUCGUCGAGAAGAACGAGGCCGCAACGCCCCAGGUGACCGAUAACACCGUCCCCGAGACGGCUGGGCAGGCGCCGAACAGGUCGCUUGUCUGGUCGCGUAGCCAGAAGGCUCGCGCUGAAGCCAUGACUGGGCCGCGGUUUGAGCAGACUGAUUUCUCCCUUCAGCCACAACCUCACUCCGCGAUGGAGCUCGUGCACAAGGAGCCCGUCCGGUGGACUCACGCCCGCGUCGUGGCGUGCGACGGCGGCGGCGGACCUUCGGGCCACCCUAGAAUCUUUAUCAACACUGAUAAGCCCGAGAUCUCGAGCUGCAACUACUGCGGUCUUCCUUUUGCCAACGAGCACCACCGCAAGCACCUCGAAUCGCUCCCCGAGACGUCGUACCCCCUCGCAUAGAAAGAGAGACAAUUUCCAGCCGUGGACAGUGGACUGUAGACGGGGGGCAGCAGCAGAAGGUGCAGCAAGCAUCAAGGACAGGCUGAUUGAAAAGAGUGCGUCCAGGCUUUUGGUGCGCUGUGUGACGUGGGCUGAGCUGCGGAUGUGUAAAUAUAGCAGGAUCAGAGUUGCUUCGGGUCAAACCAAUUUCACAAUUAUUUUUUCAAGACAAGCAAGAAGUUUGCAAACAUUGGGUUUAUGAUG